AUGGAGUCUGAGCCCUGUGAUUGUGUUUUUUUGCAGUUGGGGAGGGUCGUGGUGUACCCCUUCUACCUCAUCUUCGCCAUAUUCAAGAGGCUUUUUGGAAAGUCUGCGCCUGCCAUCACCUUGGAGUGCCCUGAUAUCAAAUAUCCGCUGAGACUUGUCCUCAAAGAUAAAAUCAGCCAUGACACGAGGAUGUUCCGCUUCGCUCUUCCAUCUCCAGAGCACAUCCUGGGUCUCCCCAUCGGCCAACACAUUUACCUGUCUGCCAGGGUAGAUGGGAAUCUGGUGGUGCGACCCUACACUCCAGUGUCCAGUGAUGACAACAAGGGCUUUGUGGAUCUGGUUGUUAAGAUCUACUUCAAAAAUAUUCAUCCUAAAUUCCCUGAUGGAGGUAAAAUGUCACAGUAUUUGGAGGCACUAGAAAUAGGGGACACCAUUGACUUCCGCGGACCCAGCGGUCUUCUGACUUAUGGAGGGAAAGGGAAGUUUCAAGAUCCAAGCGGACAAGAAUCUGCAGCAGUUACGAAGAAGGCGACACACCUAGGAAUGAUCGCUGGGGGGACAGGAAUAACCCCAAUGCUACAGCUCAUCCGCGCUAUCAUGAAGGACAAAGCUGACCCUACAGUGUGCUAUCUGCUCUUUGCUAACCAGACGGAGAAGGAUAUCCUUUUACGGGAUGAGUUGGAAGAAAUCCAGGUCAACCACAGCUCCCGCUUCAAACUAUGGUACACGUUGGAUCGCGCUCCUGAGAAAUGGGAUUACAGCCAGGGAUUCGUAAACGAGGACAUGGUAAAGUCCUUCAUGCCACCUCCUGGGGAUGAUGUUCUGAUUUUGAUGUGUGGUCCCCCGCCAAUGGUCCAGUAUGCCAUUAACCCAAGCCUGGACAAGCUGGGCUACCCCCAGGACAGGAGGUUUGCCUAUUAG